UGGGAGGGGGCGGGCCGGCGAGGGCGCGCGCGCGUGCGCGGCUCGGGGGCGCGCGCGGGGACUGGCUGAGGCGGCGUCCGUGGCGGGGUACCGUUAACGGCGGCGGCGGCGGCGGCGGCGAGCGGGGCCGCGUCCUCCCCCGACCCAUGUCCGUCGCUCGCCCUUGUCCGGCUCCAGCGCGCCUCGGCCACGGAGGGAGACCCAGCCCGCGCCGCAGCCUCCCUCGGCCGCGCCGGUGACCGGCAGCCCCCGGCGGGAAAGCGGGGCGCGCCGCCCGACCCCCCGACCCCCGCCCAGCAGAUACAGAACAUGAUCUCUGGAAACAGGCUGACGGCUGACUCAUUGACUUCAAUGUACACCUAUUUUUGUAUUUGACUUAAAGUGCCAUGAGAAAGUUUGCAUAUUGCAAGGUGGUUCUUGCCACCUCGCUGGUUUGGGUCCUGUUGGAUAUGUUUCUGCUGCUUUACUUCAGUGAAUGCAACAAAUGUGAUGAGAAAAAGGAGCGAGGCCUACCUCCUGGAGAUGUUCCAGAACUGGUACCGAAGCCACAUGAAGGCCCAGGAGAAAUGGGAAAACCUGUUGUCAUUCCUAAAGAGGACCAAGAAAAAAUGAAGGAUAUGUUUAAAAUAAAUCAGUUUAAUUUAAUGGCAAGUGAAAUGAUUGCACUCAACAGAUCCUUACCUGAUGUCAGAUUGGAAGGGUGCAAGACAAAGCUGUAUCCGGACAACCUUCCUACGACGAGUGUUGUCAUUGUCUUUCACAAUGAAGCUUGGAGCACUCUCUUGCGAACAGUUCACAGUGUGAUAAACCGAUCACCACGACAGAUGCUCGAAGAAAUUAUAUUGGUCGAUGAUGCUAGUGAAAGAGACUUUUUGAAGAGACCCCUGGAGAACUAUGUGAAGAAGUUAAAAGUACCAGUUUAUGUGAUUCGAAUGGAGCAGCGUUCUGGAUUAAUUAGAGCCAGGUUGAAAGGUGCUGCUGCCUCGAAAGGCCAAGUCAUCACUUUCUUAGAUGCUCAUUGUGAAUGUACAGUGGGAUGGCUGGAACCUCUAUUAGCACGGAUAAAAGCUGACAGGAGAACGGUGGUUUGUCCUAUAAUUGAUGUCAUCAGUGAUGAUACCUUUGAAUAUAUGGCAGGCUCUGAUAUGACUUAUGGUGGGUUCAACUGGAAGUUGAACUUCCGAUGGUAUCCUGUUCCCCAGAGAGAAAUGGACCGAAGGAAAGGUGACAGGACCCUUCCCGUCAGGACACCUACAAUGGCAGGAGGUCUGUUUUCCAUAGACAGAGACUAUUUUCAAGAAAUUGGAACGUAUGAUGCUGGAAUGGAUAUAUGGGGAGGAGAAAAUCUAGAGAUUUCAUUUCGGAUUUGGCAGUGCGGAGGAACCCUGGAAAUUGUGACCUGUUCACAUGUUGGCCAUGUUUUUCGAAAAGCCACUCCUUAUACUUUCCCAGGAGGCACGGGGCAGAUAAUCAAUAAAAAUAAUAGAAGACUUGCAGAAGUGUGGAUGGAUGAGUUCAAGAACUUCUUCUAUAUAAUUUCCCCAGGCGUGACGAAGGUAGAUUAUGGAGACAUAUCAUCGCGAGCUGGACUACGACAGAAACUACAGUGCAGGCCCUUUUCUUGGUACCUAGAGAAUGUUUAUCCCGAUUCCCAAAUACCGCGCCACUAUUUCUCUUUGGGAGAGAUAAGAAACGUGGAAACGAAUCAAUGUCUUGAUAACAUGGCAAGAAAAGAAAAUGAAAAAGUUGGGAUUUUUAACUGUCACGGAAUGGGUGGUAAUCAGGUUUUCUCAUAUACAGCCAACAAAGAAAUUCGAACAGAUGAUUUGUGCUUAGAUGUCUCAAAACUGAAUGGCCCAGUCACGAUGCUCAAAUGCCACCAUUUAAAAGGCAACCAGCUUUGGGAAUAUGAUCCAGUGAAAUUAACCCUGUUGCAUGUGAACAGUAACCAGUGCCUGGAUAAAGCCACGGAAGACGACAGCCAGGUGCCCAGCAUCAGAGACUGCAGUGGCAACCGAUCUCAGCAAUGGCUUCUUCGUAACGUGACACUCCCAGAAACAUUCUGAAAAGGUGUCUAAGAGCAGGACUGACUGGGCUACCUCAGCAAGCGUCACGAGCUGCAGCCUUCCGUAGCAACCAGCGGCUGCCGGGCAUCUCAGCCACUGGGAUAAACUCUUCUGCAUCUUCAAGAGCUGUGAGCUAGCCAUCUUGGUGUCAAGGGUGUGGAGUAAAGGAGUACUUAUGAAUCAGAACACUGAUGUUUACAAGAUCGAAAAUCUUUCAUCGACUAAUAUAGAACGCUUGGACAAGCAAGAAAUAACCACAGAAAUAUGCUCUCUGGAGAGUGGCAUUAACCUAGUUUGCUUGUACAGUGGUAACGUUGGCCAAAAGUGCUGUCAUGAAGAUUUUUGCAUCGUUAAUAAUAACUUAGUUAAUAACUAAGUUAAUAAUAACUUAGAUACCAAUAUAAAUGAAGCAGAUACGGCGUCACAAGACAAAAAAAUGUCAUUAAUCAACAAAAUGUGUAAACAGGGUUUAGAAGCAAAGAAAAUCACAACUUUAAAAAGUACAAUUUGUAAUACUUAAAGCAUCAAAUUUAUAUGUAGAUUUUUUUACCUCAGUGGAAAAAAAAUAUCCAACUGAACAGCAACUUUAUGUUCAACUGUGUGGUAGUCCAUUAAUAUAUUUUUCCUCCCCUGAAGGGUCUGAAAUUAUUUUGGGCAAAAACAGAAUCAUGAGCAUAAAUAAAAUUGGGUCUUUGAAUGUCAGUUCAACUUUUUUUUUUCCUGGUUGGCUCGUGGCCUGUUUGAAUUCAUAUUUCUUAAUUGUCUGAAAACGGAAAGUUUAGCAUACUUUGUUACUUGCUGUCUCAAUUGUGCUUGGGUUACGCCACCUUUGUGACACUGUGUCACUGGUUCUUAAGGAAUUGCUUGAGUAUUUCAGGUUGAAGGUAACUUGACUGUGAUUGGAUGGGAUGCUGUGAAUCCGCUCUACUUGUGGCUGUUCUUCCCACCGACAGUAGGAGCCGUCCCCCAUUGCAGAAGGAAGGCAGCGGUUCGGUCUGCUGGAGAUCGGCACCUCCCACUAGUAAGAUGGGCCCACAGGAUCCAGCCCAUUAUGCCUCGAGGCCGUAUCGCAUUCUGCUUCACUGCAGACUUUGUUUUCACAGCAAUAACUCUUCCCUUCUUGGAUUCCAAUGGUCAGUCUGCAGAUAUGGCUUAUUCGGCUCUUGGGCAGCUGGCCUAUGAAUGAUUCCUUGAAGGGCUUUUCCACUUUCUAUUUGGAUGUCAUUCAUAUUUUGAUCAGAUUCUUGAAUUGUAAUGUUGAUCUGCUUUUUUGUUUCCUAAUAAAAUCAAAGGAAAAUUA